AUGCUGCUACAUCAACAGAACAUGCUACAAGAUCACGUACGCACGGGAACCUACGAGCGCGCAAUGCUCUCCAACCCGACGGAUUUUCGGGACAAGGUGGUGCUAGACGUAGGCACCGGCUCGGGUAUUUUAGCCUUCUUCGCUAUCAAGGCGGGUGCUCGUAAAGUGUACGCCGUCGAGCUGAGCAACAUGGCUGAAUGUGCUCGGGAGCUGGUAGCCGCCAACGGUCUAAGCGAUCGUAUCACAGUCAUCAAGGGUAAGAUGGAGGAGGUGGAGCUUCCUGAGCUGGUGGACGUCGUGGUGUCGGAGCCCAUGGGCUUUUUUCUCGUACACGAGCGCAUGCUUGAGACUUUUGUAACUGCUGGUAAGCAGUGGCGGCAACCGGCGCCCAGCUUCAAGAUGUUUCCGUCCACAGGCACCAUGUUCGUGUCGCCAUUCUCGGAUGAUAGUAUAUACCGAGAGCAGAUGGCCAAGGUGGCGUUCUGGCAGCAGCAAAACUUCUACGGCGUCAAUCUGUCGAGUCUUCGGGCGCAAGCCAUGGACAACCACUUCUCACAGCCCGUCGUUGGAUAUUUCCCUCCGGACAUUUUACUGAGCUCUCGAUUCGCUGAGCAUGUUUUGGACUUCGCCGAUAUCACCAAGGACCAACUGAACACGUUUGACUUUCCCUUCCACUUUGAAGUCGAACGUACCGCAAUCAUGCACGGCCUCGGCUGCUGGUUCACCGUCGAUUUCUUGGGAUCAGAUGCGCGUGUAGUGCUCAGUACGGCACCACACGACCCAGGAACGCAUUGGUAUCAGUGCCGACUUCUACUCGCCACCCCGAUAGCAGUCAACGCGUCGCAAAGUAUUAGCGGCAAUCUCCACUUCGUCGCAAACAAAAAGUUCAGCUACGAUAUUGACGUCGAAGUUCGUCUUGACGGGACGUCAAUUGUGUCACGGAACCAUAUUCGGCUGCACGACCAGAUGUACCAUUAUCUGCACUCUCCUGGGGUUGAGUCAGGCGCGGCCACGACCGACGGAACGCAGCAACAGAACUCGUCAUACUGA